GCGGCAAUACCGUGGUGGUGAAUACCUCCGAAACGUAAAACUCUUUGGCUGAGCGAUGCGCAGGAGAAAACCCCGAGUAACGUAACGUCCCUCCAAGUGACGCCGAUGAGUCUCUUCCAAUUUACCGCUAGAAGGUUGGUUUCCCAAGCGUAUUGUGGGCUUAAGGCUGCUGCUUCUUCAAAGAAACAGAAGGUUCGCUUGGAAAUGGCUCGUCCUAGUUCAGAUAUGGCUGAUUUUCGGGAAGUGUUUGCCAAAGCGAAGCAUAUAGCCAUCAUCACAGGAGCCGGUGUUAGCGCCGAGAGUGGAGUUCCUACCUUCAGAGGGGCUGGAGGUUUCUGGAGAAAGUGGCAAGCCCAGGAGCUGGCUACGCCGGAGGCUUUUGCGCGAAACCCUUCUCGUGUAUGGGAAUUUUACCAUUACCGCCGGGAAGUGAUGUUGAGUAAACAUCCAAAUCCUGCGCAUAUCGCCAUUGCAGAGUGCGAAAGGCGACUGAGCAAGCAAGGAAGGAGCGUUGUGGUCAUUACUCAGAACAUUGAUGAACUACACAGAAAGGCAGGCACAAAGCACCUCUUAGAAAUUCAUGGUAGUUUAUUUAAAACUCGAUGCACCAACUGCGGAAACGUGGCUGCAAAUUACAAGAGUCCAAUAUGCCCCGCAUUGGCCGGGAAAGGGGCUCCAGAUCCCGAAACAGAAGACGCCACGAUUCCAGUUGAAGACCUUCCUCAGUGUGAGGAGGAUGGCUGCAACGGGCUCCUCCGUCCCCACGUUGUGUGGUUUGGCGAAACCCUGGAUCCUGACAUUCUCACAGAGGUUGAGAAGGAGCUUGAGAUAUGCGACCUCUGCUUGGUAGUCGGGACCUCCUCCGUGGUGUAUCCUGCUGCUAUGUUUGCCCCUCAGGUAUCCGCCAGAGGAGUGCCAGUUGCAGAAUUUAACAUGGAAGCUACUCCUGCUACAAACAGAUUCAGUAAGAAAAGAGGGAUUGUUCUUUCUUGGUGGAAUUAACUUACACUGAAGACACAACUGUACCUUGCUAAGUGUGAAGCUGAAGUCUGUCCC